AUGGCACAUUUUCAGGGCGAUUUGGGGGAAUUUGGAGAAAGGCGAUUUUCGGUGACGGAGGCAGCGAGGGAGGUGGGUGGACAGGGUGAGGGAGGUGAAGGGGCGAAAGAGGGCGGUGAAGGAGGAAGAUGGGUUGAGGAGAGGGAUUUUGGAGGUGGAGGGGAAAAUGGAAAAUGUUUUGGGCGAAGGACGCCGACGGAGGAGGUGGGUGGAGAAAGGCAGGGAGCGAAGCAAGAGUGA